CUAGUGCAGUGCUUGAUACAGAAAUUACCAGUGAGUGAUCAGGUACAGCGCAAAUCAGGGCUCAGAGAGGUCUGCUCCAGGAAUAUCGGCUGGAGACAACCCAUACGCGAAGGACCUCACGUUUCUCGUGAACGGUAAGUGCUACGCUCUCGGCUCGAAGUACUACCGGUA